CAGCGGCAGCUUGCUGCCUCUAGAGGGCGCAGCUCGAGGUUCCGCUGUACUCUCGGCCGGCUCACCUGAGCGGCCAGGUGAGGCGGCGGCCUCGGGCGGCGCAGCAUCCGCAGCCUCUUGUUCCUGAGCUGGAUCUUCCCUGCAGGAGAGAGGAGGAGGCGGCUGUGCCCUCCUGAGGUUCCUUUCAGGCACCCAAAUGUCUUGGGCCGGCCCUUACCUGCAGCACGUGCUCCCCCAGAGCAAGGAAACCCUCCUUCAGUCUUACAACAAGAGGUUGAAAGAUGACAUCAAAUCUGUCAUGGAUAACUUCACAGAGAUAAUCAAAACUGCAAAGAUUGAGGAAGAAACUCAAGUUUCUCGGGCAACCCAAGGCAAGCAGGACAACUAUGAGAUGCAUGUCAGAGCUGCAAAUAUUGUUCGGGCUGGCGAGUCUCUUAUGAAGCUUGUCUCUGACCUAAAACAGUUCCUGAUCCUCAAUGACUUCCCUUCCGUCAACGAAGCCAUCAAGCAGUGGAACCAGCAGUUGCGCAGCUUUCAGGAGGAAUGCGACAAGAAGCUUACUUCCCUACGUGAUGAGAUCUCCAUGGACUUCUAUGAGCUGGAGGAAGAAUAUUACUCUUCCAGAUACAAAUGAAGCCAUGGACGGUUCCCCUGUAGUAACCACAACAAUUUCCUGUUUCUGACAUGGGGGGGGGGGCGGUGGCAGGUUGUGUGUGAAAACAACAACUGUCCUUGUUUUAAAAAGCAUUCCUAAAUUCUCAGCAUCCCAAAGAAUCCUGGCCCCAAAGCAGUUUUAUUGAGUACUUUAUGUAUGGCGUGAAAGGUGGCUGUUCUGGAGGGCAAGUGCACCAUGUCACUAGGACUUUAUGCACGGAGAUGUGGAGAUCUGCUCCCUCAUCGACACUGUGAUCUUGUCACCUAAAUGACUUGCAAACAGGAAUCAGGAUCUUGAUUAAAUUGCAAUCCUAA